CAACGAAUUGCCAGACGGCAGUCCGCUUGACCGGUCGAUUCAUUUUCUUUUCUGCCAUCAUUCUCUUUCUUCUCAUUAGGAGCCAGGAAUAACCACCCUGCAAUGCCCCAACCCAGUCUGCGCCUCCUCCGAGCCGCCCCCGAUUUCCGCGCUCUCCGCUCCGUCCUCGACACCCUCAAAGAAGCCGACCACCACUACGCCCAACAAGAGCAGCACAACAUCGAAGACCGGUCGCUGCGCAUGCAGCAACUCUUCUCCCCGGACGGAGCCCGUCUUAGGAAGCAACAACAACAACAACAACAACCAUACCACCAACAAGACGAACCAGACCAGCACCGACACCACCACGACCCCAACUCCUUUUCUCGACGACCAGAAACCCAACUCCCCCUGGACCAACGCGACCACAUCCCCGACUGGCACCGGAACAAAAUCGGCUACAUCCCCUCCACCUGGCACGCCUCGUCGCUCCAGAUCUCGCGCAUUCCGGCACAUGUCCUAACCAGCACGUAUUUUACGCUUCCGUGGACGGAUGGGGAAGAGGGGGAGGAGGGGGAUAGCAGCCCCCACACGCAAGACAACAACAACAACACCCCCUCUGCACGCGAGGGUCGCAGUCCCCAUCUCCAUCCCCAUCCCCCUCCCCAAGCGCAAGACGAUGCCACACUCGCGCGCAAAGUCGGCCGGUACGCGCGGGGACGACACAGCCUCUACGCGCGUGACCACCGGGCCGAUCCCUUCGCGCGCACCUGGCGGCAGCAUAUCGCGCUCGGGUAUGUGGUGCAAUGGGACGAGUGGCAGCGGGUGUUCAUGGCGCCCUUGCUGCUGAAACAGUUUACGGAUAUCGCGAGGGGGAAGGCGCGGGCGGGGCAGUUUGGUGGGGAGGUUAAUUUGGUGUUGCUUGGCGUCGGCGAAUUGUCUCUCAAGGAUCCACGACCCCCAGACCUAGACAAUAAUCGGUUGCCCGCGGAGUUGGAAGGUAUUGAGGAGACAGUACGGCGUUCCCCGGUCGGACGGAAAAAGAGAAGCCCCUUCGCCCCGCCCGUCACGGCUUCGCUGGGGGUGUUGUUGGUGGGGGAGCGCAGAGGCCGGAACGUGUUGCUCGGGUGGGAGGUGUGGCAGGGGGACGGGGAGGACUGGAGGUCGUAUACGGUCAAAGGCGAUGUGUGGGAGUACUGGGACCAGCAGAGGAGGUGGGAGGCGGGGGAGUUGGAAAUGCAGGAUGAGGAUGCCAGGGAGGUCGCGUCUGUCUGGGAUGUGGUGAGGGAUGAUGUGGAUAAGCGGGGGAAGCAUAGAAGUAGACGACAAAAGACGUAGAUGAUGAUUUCGGGGUGGUCUUUGUAUAACAUUUGUGAUGGAUAACCGUGG